CGGCUCGGCUGCACUAGAUAGGUAUAUAACACGAGGCGCCACAACUCUGCAUCUGACGUGCAGGGUGGUUGAUCUCGUUCGUCGCUGAUGACGGCGCUCAAUCCCAGAAUGGCAAUUUUGACGCGUCUAUGGACUAUGACGUAUCACGGUCCUUCUAAAUGGCUGCUGUUGCUUUCUUUCAGGUUGCAGCCGCUGGAUCUACCUGUCUCCUUCUUUUGUUCCAUUGCUUUUCAUUCGCUUCCUCUCUUCCCCAAUAAUCACAGUCUCAGACCAACCAGCUUCGUCGGUCCAAAACACAAUGCCACUCUACAACGUGCUCUCAUCACUUCGUCGCUUCUCGAAAGCACGAUAUGCAACAGCUAGUAUACUCUGCUCCCUUGGGGGUUUCCUUCUGGGUCUGGACACCAGUAUUAUAGGACCCGUGACGGUCAUGGACAGUUUCGUGCAUCAGUUCGGCACGUUUUCAGCUGCCGUGCAUGGUAUCUUGGUCUCCAGCAUUCUUCUCAGCGCGGCCGUCAGCUCCUUUUUCGCCGGUCGACCAGCCGACGUCUGGGGUCGUCCCUACGCCAUGGCCUUCGGUGCUGCUAUCUUCACCCUUGGAGCUGCACUCCAAGCUGGUGCAGUGAAUCUAGCAGUUUUUGCCACUGGCCGCGUUAUCGAGGGCAUCGGCUACGGUCUCUACUUUGGCACUCAGACCGUCUACAUCUGUGAGAUCGCACCACCACGUGUCCGCGGCCCACUCACCUCAGGUCCGCAGUUCAUGACAUGCUUGGCACUCGUUGUUGGCUACUUUGUCAGCUUUGCCAGCAUCAACAUCCCCGGUUCUCUAUCUUGGCGACUGCCUUUCAUCAUCACAGCCACCAUCGGUGUGGUUUAUGUCUUGAUCAACCUUUACCUCUUGCCUGAGUCGCCGCGCUGGUUGCUCCUCCACGGUCGCCAGACCGAAGCCGAUAGAGUCUGGGAUAAGCUUGGGGUAAAAAUAGAUGAUCGUGAAGCCGAGGGCGUCGAGUUAGACAAUCGUACAUCUGACGCCCCUAUCGAGAACACAAUCGGCGGCUCGCAAAUUUUUACUGGAGUUGCACGUGACGGCGAAAAGAAACAUGCAACCUUCCGCGACCUUUGGUCCCCCGACGUGCGAAAACGUACUUUUCUCUCCGUCUUCAUGAUGGGAUUUCUGCAAUUGUGUGGCAUUGAUGCAGUGCUUUACUACGCCCCGUUACUCUUUCAACAAGCAGGCCUCCAGAGUCAGCAAGCCUCCUUCUUGGUAUGGAUAUAUCCCAGACUACACCCACCUAUUGAGCUAAUCCCACCGGUCUCGCUAGGCCUCAGGCGUCUCCGCUAUAGUCAUCGUUGCUUCCAGCAUCCCCGCCACCCUCUUCGCGGACAGAUGGGGCCGCAGAGCAAGCACCCUCUUGGGUGGAGUUGGUCUCACAACCACCAUGUUCUUGAUCGGUGGACUUUAUGCGGGCCAUGCUGUUCAUCCAACGCAUGGAGCCGCUCGCUGGGUUGUUAUUGUCACCAUCUAUAUCUAUUGCAUCGUGCAGGCAACGACGUGGGGCAUUAGCAUUAAAGUCUGGGCUCCUGAGAUCCAACCUCACC